AUGACUGAAUUGGGAAAUUAUCUGAUAGGUAUUUAUUAUAAAGUGAAUUAUCAUUAAAGGCAAAACAAUAGGAGAAGGAACAUUUGGAAAGGUGUGUCAUGCUAAACAUCAAGUAUUAGGUCAUGAUGUAGCUGUGAAAAUAUUAGAAAAGAAAAGAAUCAAUGAUGAAUUAGAUAUUGAGAGAGUAAAGAGAGAAAUUACAAUAUUACAGAUGCUGCAUCAUCCAAAUGUUGUGUAGCUCUAUGAGGUUUCUUAUAUAUAUAUAAUUAGAUGAUUGAAACUGACACUCACAUUUAUUUAUUUAUGGAAUAUGCAGACGGAGGUGAAUUAUUUGAUUAUAUUGAUUUAAAGAAAAGGUACUUUUGAAGUAAUCUAAUUAGAAUCAAUGAAGUUGAAGCAUGUAAAUUCUUACAUGAAAUAAUUUCAGCUAUUUAAUAUAUUCAUUAAAUGAGAAUAGUACAUAGAGACUUAAAACCAGAAAAUUUACUUUUAACUACUCAGAAGAAUAUUUUGGUUGUUGAUUUUGGACUUAGCAAUAUGUAUGAAGAUACUCUGAAGACAGCUUGUGGCAGUCCAUGUUAUGCUGCUCCAGAAAUGAUACAAGGAAAACCUUAUAAUGGAUUAUAAACUGAUAUUUGGAGUUGUGGAGUUAUCUUAUAUGCUAUGUUAUGUGGAUAUCUUCCUUUUGAAGACAGUAAUACUUAAGUUCUAUAUAAAAAAAUACUUAAUGCUGAUUUUCAUAUUCCUAGAUAUGUUUCAUUAGAUGGAAAAGACCUUAUCAAGAAUAUUCUCACAGUUGAUCCCACAAAAAGAUUUACUAUUGAAUAAAUAAAAUAACAUAAGUGGUGGCAACUUUGGAAAUCAGAAGUAUCAAUUUAAAUUUAGAUAGAAUGUAUAAAUGACUCCUCUUAAAGCAUCAUUUAAUAAAAUAUAAUGUACACUCUUGCCUAACAGUAUUUAUAAAUCUUGUGUUAAAAAGAAUAUUGAGAGAAAUAUUUCUGAAGAUGUUAAAACAUGUUGUGAUACUGCUCAAUAAUCUAUUGAUAUACAAUUUACAGAUAAAGAUGAUUUUAAUUACAAAUCUAUCAUUAAAGAAGAAUCUAUCAUUUAAGAUCCUAUCAUUCUAAAUCCUAUUCCUGAAUAAUUUGAUUAAUGUCUAGAUUAAUGUCUAGAUUAAUGUCUAGAUUAAUAAUUACUUAAUGUUUAAGAUUAAUAUGAAUAUUAAUAGUCUAUGAGAUCAUUAACAAGAUAAAAAUCAAGUUAAUCAAUUUAAUCAAUUAAACAUCUUUAAACUUAAAUUGAUUCUCCCUUAAAAACAUAAAAUUUAACUAUUCCUACUAAAUAAUCAGUUACAUCUAAAUAAUAAAUAACAUAAAUUAACAAAUUUAUCCCAAAAAAACCUCCUAUUAUUUAAUAAUAACCAUAGUAAUAAUAAUUAUCCUAAAAAAAACCUCAUUCCAAAAUGGGACCUUCUAAAUCCUUACAUGAACCUCCCAAUUUAGAAAAUAAAUUAACUAAAUUACCAAAUACUCCCAGUAACAAAUCAUAAAUUAAUAAUUCUACAAAUCCAUCCACAUUUACUAAUCAUCAAUUAAAAACAGAUAUUCCUAAAAAGAAUUCUAUUCCUCCUGUCAAAUUAACUGUUAUCUAAGAAUAAUUAAAAGAAAAUAAGGAAAAGUCUCAUUCUCUAAAGACUUAACCCAUUCAAUCCAAAUAAUAAUAAGUUUAAUAAUAAAAUUAAUAAUAAUAAUUUUAAUAGCAAAAGUAAUAAAUUAAUAUAUCUAUUAAACAAAAUACUUCAUAAAUUAGUUCAGCUAAAAGAUCACUACAUUAAAAAUAAACAGCAAGUCUUCAAAUGGAAAGAUAAUCUUUUCAUACAUAAUAAUCUACUGUAGAAGAGCAUAUUACAUUUUAAUUUAAUGAUAAUCCAAAACCUUCUAUAGAAAACACUAAAAUUAUGGUUGAGAAAUUUACAUCCAGACUAAACAAUGUUAGUAUUCCUUCCUUAUUAAAAUAAAAUUAAAAAUAAGGCAUACAAGAUAUUAAAGGAAUCGAAAAUUAUUAUGGUCCAUACAAUCUUUCUUUCAUUACUAAAAAACAUCCUUAAUUAUUUUUAAAAGGAAUUUAAAGAUAUCUAGAGGAAAAGUAUUAAUUUAUUCAAAUACAGGUAAAUUUUUACGAUAAUUAUUAGAAUUACUAGAAUGGAUUUAAUUUGACUCUUAAUGAAUAAAAGAUUGAUUUAAAAUUAUAUAGAAUAGAAAAUUUAGAAAUAUUUUAUUGUCAGAUUAAUUGUCCGAACUCUAAAAAUAAUUCCAAUAAUUCAGAAUUUAAUGCAAUUAUAUAUGAUCUACAAAGCAAUUUUGAAUUUUGA